AUGGCGACUACUAAGAAAGAUGCCGAAACACCUUUCAAAGACGUCAGCGAACACGAUCGCAGCGCUACUGUUCCUUUGGAGAAUGUACCUCGACAACAGCGGGCCGUGCAAAGCUACCCAAGUGCUGAACGACCUCUGGACGUGGUGAAUCCCGAUCACUCAGAGGAAGAAAUCUUAAGCGAGGAUAAAACCCUUGAGGAUGAUCAAGAAGAUAAUAAUAUCGAAAACGAUUUGUCUUUGGAUAUGUCUCAAUCUGCUCGAUCGACUCGUGAUGAAAGAGUUUUAUAUUACGAAGUUAUCCCUGACUUACGAGAUAGGGGUAAAGGUUGCAUAUACCGUCUCUUUACCCAGGUCUUUGAUGUGUGCCGACCGCCGUACAAUCCCUAUGAAUGGUUGGAGUUCCAAAACGAUUUCGUCGAUUUCCAUAUCAAGUCACAGGUCCAGUUAGGACCUAGAGACAGUGGUUUUUGGGUAGGCAAAAGGAUUUAUAUUGAUCAUCCCAAACUUGUUGGCUAUUACACCCUCAAACACAACUUGUUGUGGGAAGACGAGGAUAGCCGUGCUCAUUGCUUUGAGCGUGCUCAAAGCCACCGAUUUGGAGAAAUGAUGUUGUCAGCUUUUCGAAAAUCAAUACUUAUUCAUCAACGCCGAAAAGAGCGAAAGAGAGGCAAGGAAAAUGAUAUGCACAGGCAAUUGUAUUCUGAUUCAUUGUCUAUGAAGAUCCCGUCAUUGUAUGUGAUGCAGACAGCAUGCCGAUUGUUUGAUCAAGACCCCCAAUGGAUACUUUGUGAGGGGCAAACGGCUCCGGAAAUCACGAGGACGGAAGCACAAACUACACACCGGUACAUAUGGGAGUAUGACUUCCAUAGUCUUCCCAGCGUCAAACAAACGUGGACUGAGCAUAUAUUUGCUUGGGUACAUUAUACUUACGAAGUCACUGGUCAACAAAGUCUCAUUACUAGUCUGGAAUGUGACGUGCAUGGCCAAAUAACCAACUUGGUCGUGUAUACCAAAGGGAAACCGCCUCGCUACGACGAGAGCGCUGAGAUGGUCGCCAGAAUCGACCGAUCUUUCAUCCACUUUCGGGAACAACAUGCCUGCAAUAUGAUAUGCAAACACCUUGGACUUACGAAGUUUAGAAUGCAGAUGGGAAAAUCUGGUGAUUUCACGGAAAUCAUGUGUCUCAAUAGCUCUCAAUAG